CUGGGGGUAGAAGGGAACCCCUGCGGAGACGGAGGGGUGGUGGCCGGGGCGCUGACUCCGCGUGCGACCGCCGGCCCUGCGCGUGCGCCCUGGCGCGGCCCGCGUGACAGGCCUGUUACCUCAUGGUCUCAAGGUGGCUACUGCAGCUUCAGGCAUCAAAUAUUCAUUGGACCACACUCAAAGGCAAGAAGAAGGUGGAUAGCCAGAGCAACAAGAGAAAUUUCUCUUGACAUGCCUCUCUCUUUGUAGCUGGAGAAAAAAAAAAACAUUUCCUAAAAGUUCUACCAUAGACUUCUAUCUCAUCGGUCACAAGUCCUUUAAUGGAGCGGCCAGUGUAUCUGCAGACCUGGUUUCAUCUGAUGAUUUACAGACCCCAGCUCUGAAGCCAGUUACACAUUUUCCUGUGGCCGGGCACAGAGUAGUUGAUUAUCCUCACGAUGUUGGACUUUCUGGCUGAGAAUAACCUCUGUGGCCAAGCAAUCCUAAGAAUUGUUUCCUGUGGCAAUGCCAUCAUUGCUGAACUUCUGAGGCUCUCUGAGUUUAUUCCUGCUGUAUUCAGGUUAAAAGACCGAGCUGAUCAACAGAAAUACGGAGAUAUCAUAUUUGAUUUCAGCUAUUUUAAGGGUCCAGAAUUAUGGGAAAGCAAACUGGAAGCUAAGCCAGAGCUACAGGAUUUAGAUGAAGAGUUUCGGGAAAACAACACAGAAAUUGUGACCAGAUUUUAUUUAGCAUUUCAAAGUGUGCAUAAAUAUAUUGUAGACUUAAACAGAUAUCUAGAUGAUCUCAAUGAAGGUGUUUAUAUUCAGCAAACCUUAGAAACGGUGCUUCUCAAUGAAGAUGGAAAACAACUUCUAUGUGAAGCACUGUACUUAUAUGGAGUUAUGCUCCUGGUCAUCGACCAAAAGAUUGAAGGAGAAAUCAGAGAGAGAAUGCUCGUUUCUUACUAUCGAUACAGUGCUGCUCGAUCUUCUGCUGAUUCGAAUAUGGAUGAUAUUUGUAAGCUGCUUCGAAGUACAGGUUAUUCCAGCCAACCAGGAGCCAAAAGACCACCCAACUAUCCUGAGAGUUACUUCCAGAGGGUGCCUAUCAACGAGACCUUCAUCAGCAUGGUCAUCGGCCGGCUAAGAUCUGAUGAUAUUUACAACCAGGUCUCAGCGUAUCCAUUGCCAGAACAUCGGAGCACAGCUCUGGCAAAUCAGGCCGCCAUGUUGUAUGUAAUUCUCUACUUUGAGCCUUCCAUUCUUCAUACCCAUCAAGCAAAAAUGAGAGAGAUAGUGGAUAAAUACUUUCCAGAUAAUUGGGUAAUUAGUAUUUACAUGGGGAUCACAGUUAAUCUAGCAGAUGCUUGGGAACCCUACAAAGCUGCAAAAACUGCUUUAAACAAUACCCUGGACCUUUCAAACGUCAGAGAACAGGCAAGCAGAUACGCUACUGUCAGCGAAAGGGCGCACGCACAAGCGCAGCAGUUCCUGAAAGAAGGUUGUUUGAGGGAGGAUCUGGUUCUGGAUAACAUCCCGAGGCUUCUGAACUGCCUGAGAGACUGCAAUGUCACCAUUCGAUGGCUGAUGCUUCAUACCGCAGACUCAGCCUGUGACCCAAACAACAAACGCCUUCGUCAAAUCAAGGACCAGAUUCUAACAGACUCUAGGUACAAUCCCAAGAUCCUCUUUCAAUUGCUGUUGGAUACUGCACAAUUUGAGUUUAUACUCAAAGAGAUGUUCAAGCAAAUGCUUUCAGAAAAGCAGGCCAAAUGGGAACAUUACAAGAAGGAGGGCUCAGAGCGGAUGACGGAGCUUGCUGAUGUCUUUUCAGGAGUGAAACCCCUAACCAGAGUGGAGAAAAAUGAAAAUCUUCAAGCUUGGUUCAGAGAGAUCUCAAAACAAAUAUUGUCUUUAAAUUAUGAUGAUUCUACUGCUGCGGGCAGAAAAACUGUGCAACUAAUACAGGCUUUGGAAGAGGUUCAAGAAUUUCACCAGUUGGAAUCAAAUCUGCAAGUGUGUCAAUUUCUUGCUGAUACUCGCAAGUUUCUCCACCAAAUGAUCCGAACCAUUAACAUUAAAGAGGAGGUCCUGAUCACAAUGCAGAUCGUUGGGGACCUUUCUUUUGCUUGGCAGUUAAUUGACAGUUUCACAUCUAUCAUGCAAGAGAGCAUAAGGGUAAACCCAUCCAUGGUCACUAAACUCAGAGCUACAUUCCUAAAGCUUGCCUCUGCCCUUGACCUGCCCCUUCUUCGUAUUAAUCAAGCAAAUAGCCCUGACCUUCUCAGUGUAUCUCAAUAUUAUUCUGGCGAAUUGGUGUCCUAUGUGAGAAAGGUUUUGCAGAUCAUUCCGGAAAGCAUGUUUACUUCCCUUCUAAAGAUCAUAAAGCUUCAGACCCACGAUAUCAUUGAAGUGCCGACCCGGCUGGACAAGGACAAGCUGAGGGACUAUGCCCAGCUUGGCCCACGAUAUGAGGUUGCCAAGCUUACUCAUGCUAUUUCCAUUUUUACUGAAGGCAUCUUAAUGAUGAAAACAACUUUGGUCGGCAUCAUCAAGGUGGACCCAAAACAACUGCUGGAGGAUGGAAUAAGGAAGGAGCUGGUUAAGCGUGUGGCUUUUGCUCUUCAUAGGGGAUUGAUCUUCAACCCUCGAGCCAAGCCAAGUGAAUUGAUGCCAAAGCUGAAAGAGCUGGGAGCUACCAUGGAUGGGUUCCAUCGUUCUUUUGAAUACAUUCAGGACUAUGUCAACAUUUACGGUCUGAAGAUUUGGCAGGAGGAAGUAUCUCGUAUUAUAAAUUACAAUGUGGAACAAGAGUGUAAUAACUUCUUAAGAACAAAGAUUCAAGACUGGCAAAGUAUGUACCAGUCCACACAUAUUCCAAUACCAAAGUUUACCCCUGUGGAUGAGUCCGUAACAUUUAUUGGUAGACUCUGCAGAGAAAUCUUGCGGAUCACGGACCCAAAAAUGACAUGCCACAUUGACCAGCUGAAUACUUGGUAUGAUAUGAAAACCCAUCAAGAGGUGACCAGCAGCCGCCUCUUCUCAGAGAUCCAGAACACCUUGGGGACUUUCGGUCUGAAUGGGUUAGACAGGCUUCUGUGCUUUAUGAUUGUCAAAGAGUUACAGAAUUUCCUCAGCAUGUUUCAGAAAAUUAUCUUGCGAGACAGAACUGUGCAGGAUACUUUAAAAACCCUCAUGAAUGCCAUCAGCCCCCUAAAAAGCAUUGUAGCAAAUUCGAAUAAAAUUUAUUUUUCUGCCAUUGCCAAAACACAGAAGAUAUGGACCGCUUAUCUGGAAGCUAUCAUGAAGGUUGGGCAGAUGCAGAUUCUGAGACAACAGAUUGCCAAUGAAUUAAAUUAUUCUUGUCGGUUUGACUCCAAACAUCUGGCCGCUGCUUUGGAGAAUCUCAAUAAGGCUCUCCUAGCAGAUAUUGAAGCCCACUACCAGGACCCUUCACUUCCUUACCCCAAAGAAGAUAACACACUCUUAUAUGAAAUCACAGCCUACCUGGAGGCAGCUGGCAUCCACAACCCACUGAACAAGAUAUACAUAACAACAAAGCGCUUACCCUACUUCCCGGUUGUCAACUUUCUAUUUUUGAUCGCCCAGUUGCCAAAACUUCAGUACAGCAAAAACCUAGGCAUGGUCUGCCGAAAACCUGCCGACCCUGUGGAUUGGCCGCCACUCGUGCUGGGACUGCUCACCCUGCUGAAGCAGUUUCAUUCCCGGUACACAGAACAGUUCCUGGCAUUGAUCGGCCAGUUUAUCCGCUCCACAGUGGAGCAGUGUACAAGCCAGAAGAUACCAGAAAUGCCUGCAGAUGUUGUGGGUGCCCUUCUGUUUCUGGAGGAUUAUGUUCGGUACACAAAGCUACCCAGGAGGGUUGCUGAAGCACACGUGCCUAAUUUCAUUUUUGAUGAGUUCAGAACAGUCCUGUGACGUUUUUUGACUUCUGCGUCUUCAAUGGAAGGAUUAUCCUUAAAUCUUCCCACCGUCACUAAAAUGAACUUGGAAAUGAAAAGAAACUCAACUGCUCAAAGAACUGCAUUUUUUCCCUUUAUUGUGGGAAACGUCAGACGUUCUGAGUAAGAUGUAUUUCACGGAACUAAUUAAUUAAUAUUGUUUAAAUCAUGGUAUUAUAUACAAUUUAUAUCAUGUAGAAGCAGAACACAUUUUGUACUGCCUCUUAUAAAUGCUGAGUGUAAUUGUUGUGUAUAAAUCCAUUUAGUUUUAUGUUCUAGAGAACUAUUUGUGCAACUCCAGAUUUUCAGUAAAAUAGUACUGCCAGUACCCAAAGUCAUCCUUCUGCCUAUGAUUCAAAAACCACAUAUUCACCCUGCAAAAAACCUCGUCUGGAAGGUCAGAGAGGAGCCUGGUAGGUCCAGUGUUGUGUCCAUGGUCACAUCCACGACAGGCUGGCAGGCACAUGGUGACCAGAGAGACUAGUAGCAGAUGCAGAGACCAUGCAAUCCGUGGACCACGUACCAUGGAAGUUUGUUCAUGUCUGAGGCUCAAUGUCCUCUUCCAAUCCAGAUACCUUGGGGGUUCCCUGCAGCCCUUCUGUAGGACUCCCCAACUUCAGCUGCUCCUUCCUCAGCAAGCCCUGAGCCCCACCCCAAGUCCCCACUCCCUUUUUUUUUUUUUUAAUAACAGCUUAGCCAUUAGCUUUUAACUCCUCCAAAAUCCUAAAUCACUUCUGAAUGAAAAUUACCCUGAAAGAGGAGCUGCCAUCCUCUUGUGGCGAUUUAGAUAGGAGUAAGAAAGGUGUUUUAACUCUGACUGUAUAGCUAUGUCCUCUGGAGAGGAGAGGUACAAGCAAAGAAACAAACAAAAAACACCCAGUAUCUGAAAUGUGCUUGACAGUCAGUUAGCAAAUAGUAAGAAAAGCAGCAUUAAUUUGUAGUCAGGAGGCAAAGCUUGAGUCCUGAUUCUGCCACUAGUUAAACUUUGUCCCAAGGUAGCCUACUGGCAUCAUCUAUAAAAUCAGGGCUAAUGAUUUCUCUGGUUCCCUUCAGUUUUCUGAUUUUAUGAUAAGUUAUUUCUUUUGUCAGAAGGUCUCAAAUCCUAAGAUACUGGAAGAGAAAAAAAAUGACUUUAUAUGCUUCAUUUCACCAUCAUUGUAGAAAGGAUUUUAAAAAGCAUCUAGUCAGCAGAGGGAAGCAGAAGGCUUAUCAGCCCAGCUUGGUGGAAACCCAGGGAGGAAUUUUAAAAGUGAACUGAAAGUUGCCUGGCAUGUAAGGAGUUUGGGAGUCUCACCCACAGAAGCUGACACGUGAACUCAGCCGGUAAGUCUGUGGCCAUCGUACGUCCACUUCUCAAAACUAUCUUGCUGUUUCUCAUUUGUAAUCAGAUGUACUGCAGUAACUGCAUGAAAUGAGAGCUUUAGUUCUCUGUGAAAAUGUUCCCCGCAUAGAAAGCCAGCUAAUAAAAAGGUGAGAUCUAAGAAAGUGUAUUUUUAACCAGACAAUUGAAGUGUAUGAUUUAUCAUCAGAGGGGAAUUUCACAAAACCAAGCAAAUGAGUCCACAUACACUGUCCUAAAACAAGGUGAAGUGAUCUGGCUAGUGAAAAAUUUCCUCAACUGAAAAAAUUUCAACUUAAAAGUUGAACAAGAGAAAUGUUAAUUAUAAAAGCUUUAUUUUAUAAAUAAAAUUUUAGCCCUAAUCGUUACAAUCUGAAGUAGUUACUUAAAAUUCCUGGUUGUAUUUUACUGCUCUUUUAAUGGAAGCAAUUUACUUUAGUGAUAUUUGGGGAUUUACUUAAGUCUCAUGAUACCCUUCUGAAUGUCCAUAAUCUCUUCAAAUGUACUGUAAACUCAGUAAAGUCUGACUGAUUUUAAGGCA